GAAGAAGAAGAAAUAGACCUCACCUACCUGUUACAUGCAUUCAUGCUCCGUACACUGCGCGCAAGGACAUUGCAACUUUAUCCCUAUCUUGAUUGAAAGUGGAACAUAGAAUAAAUAAUGUACAGAUAUAGUUAAGGGCAAAAUAAAUGUUGGUUUGACAUCGACACAGAAGAUGCAUGUUUUGGACACUCCAUAAAAGUGCCUUCGAAGAUUGUUUAUAGCAACGACAUGACUACAGCAACAGUCUUGGUAUCCAUCCCUGCUGUAUCAUUCCCUGUGGCUGACCUCUCUGCUCCAGCAUGUCUCGAGUGUCCUCCACCCCCAGGUACAGCCCCAGCUCCAACCCCCUGGGCUACUACAGCACUUAUGAGCCCACCAUGAGCUACCCCUGUAGGGGAUCAGAGCUUCUCCACCUCCCGUUCCCAUCUUCCAUGUACGCCAUCUCCACCUCCAGGAACCUGAGCCUCAUCAGCCCCAGCCACAACCACAGAGGGCCAGAGAGGGGGAGAGCCCAGCUACCCCUCCCCAGGAUCGAGGUCCCCCAGGCAAGUCGGCGCAGUGAAAGCUUCAGCCGAGCACUGGGGGCCACCAACAAAUGGCGGCCGGUUGGGGAGCGUAUUAACACCAAUGGGGGUAGUAGGGGUCUCUCGCCGACUCGUCCGGCGUACCUUAUGGUGUCCACCUCGCCCUUGUCCCGCCGGCAUCGCUUGGUCAGCCAGUCGAUCCUCACCCAGGACCUGGCCUCCAUGGGGCUGUCUGACCAGCAGCCCUGCCCUGCCAUCAGAGGACGGAGUCCAGCCAGAGCUGAUUACUAUAGCUUUCCCUACUGGGUCUCUGAGAACUCCAAGAUUCCUCAAGGCCUGGUGGGACUGAGAAACCUCGGCAACACUUGUUUCAUGAACUCAAUCCUGCAGUGUCUGAGCAACACUCCUGACCUGAGGGACUACUGUCUGAGGAACACGCACCGCACCGACCUCAACAACAACUGCAGGGCCAAGGCUGCUCUCAUGGAGGAGUUUGCCAAACUCACCCAGACCCUAUGGACGUCAGUCAGCAGCGAGGCCAUCAGUCCCUCAGACUUCAAGACCCAGAUCCAGAGAUACGCGCCCAAAUUUGUGGGAUACAAUCAGCAGGACGCUCAGGAGUUCCUGCGUUUCUUAUUGGAUGGCCUCCACAACGAGGUCAACAGGGUCACAGUGCGGCCCAGGCUCCCAGCUGAGGACAUUGACCACCUCUCUGACAAUGAGAAAGGGAAGAAAAUGUGGAACAAAUACCUAGAGAGAGAGGACAGCAAAGUGGUCGAUCUGUUUGUUGGCCAGCUGAAGAGCUCUCUGACCUGCAGUGAGUGUGGUUACUGCUCCACAGUGUUCGAUCCAUUCUGGGACUUGUCACUACCCAUCGCUAAGAAAGGUUCAGGGGAGGUGAGUCUGACAGACUGCAUGCGAUUCUUCACCAAAGAAGAUGUACUGGAUGGAGAUGAAAAACCGACAUGCUGCAGGUGUAAAGCCAGAAGGAAAUGCACAAAGAAGUUCACCAUCCAGAAGUUCCCCCAGAUCCUUGUGCUUCACCUCAAGCGCUUCUCAGAGAACCGCAUCCGAACCAGUAAACUCUCUACCUAUGUCAACUUCCCCCUCAAAGAGCUGGACAUGAGGGAAUUUGCCUCCGAGAACAGCAUGAAUGCAGUGUAUAAUCUCUAUGCGGUGUCCAACCACUCUGGGAACACACUGGGUGGCCACUACACAGCCUACUGCAGGAACCCAGCCCUGGGGGAGUGGUACAGCUACAAUGACUCCAGGGUGAGCCCCAUGUCAUCCAGCCAGGUCCGCAGCAGUGAUGCCUACGUGCUCUUCUACGAGCUGGCCUCCUCCUCUCAUUCACGCCUGUGAAGCUACAUGCCAUGGACAUAUAGGCUACGUAAAGCCUGGUCAUACGGCUAAUAUAUGGACUACAUAGAUCUACACAGCGCCUGGAUCCUAUGCAACGAGCCUAAAAAGCCUGUGUCUGGUCUGAUAGUUUACUUUUGAGCCUUGCUCUGUAUAUAUGUAUACAGUUGCCAUUGGCACCAUGGAUUCAGCUACAACACAUAGGCUGCACUGCCAGGAUACAGAUAUUGAGUUGAGGUUCAACCAUAGCGGUUCUCCCGGGGACGUUGGGAAGAGUGGGUGUGUGCGUGCGCAGUCGCCAUGCCGACAGUGAAAAUAUAUAUUUUUUUAUGCACUACAACGAGGUCUCUGAGACCCUAAGCCGGAGUUUCGUCAUUCACUUCAAGGUCACCACUGAGACAUGAAAGACUAUCACUUGACCUUCCGUUCUGUAAAUGAUUCUAUUUAAACAAACAUCACCAUAUUUGUGAUUUAGAGAUGGAUGACUGUCUAGCACCAUCUGGGGUAGAACGAGGUCAGUGUUUGUACGUACAGUUGUAAAAGGCUUAAACAUAACUAGGAAUGACUUCAAACAGUAUUUGACCUGGGUUCCUAUACGAUUUGAAACUCUUUCAAAUACUUUGAGGUAUUGCUUAAGCCUGCCUGGGGUGCCAGGUUUGCAGGGUUUGCAGAGCACGUUUGUGACUUUUCAUUUGUUCCAUUGCAACAGGAGAGCUUAAUAAAGCACAGCAAAGUAUUUGUAAUAAUUUAAAAUAGUAUUUGAACCCAGGGUCAUAUUUAUUAAUGUAAAUAAUAAAGAUGGGUUUUUUGCUACAAAAACUAGAGUUUGUUAUUGGACAAAUUCAGCUAAUCCCUAACCCAU